UUGCCCCUAUCAUUCAAGUAAAAGUUCAUUCAAUUUCCAUUUAUAUGCCAAUUCAUAUCAUAUGAUGUAUUCUUUGUGCUCUCUGUAGAUAAGAAGAUGAAUCUCAAAUUACAUGCCCUAUAAAUUGGACCAUUUAAUGAGUCUUUCUUAAUUCACACUGGAGCUGCUAGGACUCUACCCUGGAGACUAAAACAGUCUGGUUUACCUUCAGCUUUAAAUGAUGCUGUCUCCACAGCUGCACAAAAUCUUAGCAGUAGCUUUUUUCCUGCUCCCAUUGUGUGCUCAAGGUAAACUUGCAGGAUUUCUUCCAUCGUUCCCUUUCAAGCCUUUGUUUGGAGGUCGGAGCAACAGUGCAGAAGAGCAACAAAUACCAGAUCUCACAGCUCUGGCUGGCAAUGAACAUGGGGACCCCAUCCAUCAAUUGGAAUAUCGGAUUUCCAGACUGGAAGGAGUCCUUCGCUUGAACAAGAUGAUAACAGAGUCUGGAGGAAAAAUCUUUUCUACCAAUGGAAAAAAAGCUGAUUUUGAUGGUACUGUGGAAAAAUGUAAAGAGGCUGGAGGCUCUAUCGCCACUCCAAAGAGCCCUGGAGAGAAUGAUGCCAUUCUGUACUUUGUGAAAUAUUUUAACACCUACGCCUACCUGGGGAUAAAACAAUCCCUUAUUCCAGGAAGAUUCCAGCUCCUGAAUGGUGCUCAGCUGAGCUAUACUAACUGGUAUCCAAAUGAACCUUCUGGCAAAGGAGAGGAGGAAUGUGUGGAGAUGUACACUGAUGGCACUUGGAAUGACAAGAAGUGUAACAAGAAUCACCUUAUUAUCUGCCAGUUUUAGUGCUUCCCUUGCUGCUCUCUGGAAUGUGCUUCCCUGUCACUUGUGUCCGCUUUUGUAGCUACUGAACUUAGAUAAAGCAGCAUGAAAAAAUAAAAUGCAUUCUUUCCCU